CCAGUUGCCAAAAACAUAGUGAUCCUGCAGGUCUUACCACAUUCUGAGGAGUGGCUUGAACGAUGUUAAGAUCUUACUAGCACCAACGAACCGUCACAGCAUUGUUGCGUUAGGACUGUUGAACAGCAGAAGUAAUCGGACUCCUCUGGACUCUGCACACACAUUACUAAUAUUCAGUGAUGGAAACCUCAGAGCCGUACACAGAUGAGAUGGACCCAACUUUAAAAAAGAGUAAAAUGCUGGAAAAGAGGUCAGCCCCAACAGAACCCAGCCAUGUCUCUAUGAAAAGUGAAGCAUCUAUGAAUUAUCCACUGCUUUUCAGAGUUGCCCCUUUAACUGCUUACAGCAGUGUAUCUCUGAAGAGUGAAGCAUCAACGGCUUCUCCACAGUUCUUCAAAGACGAAGACCUUUCAUCUGUACAGAGGCAAGAUGCAGUCACUGCUGGAAGUGAGGUACAGAAAACCUUCAAGUUAAAUCUGAAGAAGAAGUUUCAGUGUUUGAAUGGAGUGAUAAUAAACCCAACAGCCCCAACACUCCUGAAUGAGAUCUACACAGAGCUCUACAUCACAGAGGGAGACAAUGGAGAUGUCAAUAAUGAACAUGAGGUGAGACAGAUUGAAGCAGCAUCCAGGAGAACAACAACAGAGGAAACACCAAUCAAAUGCAAUGACAUCUUUAAGCCUUUAUCUGAACAAGACGAACCAAUCAGAACUGUGCUGACAAAAGGAGUCGCUGGCAUCGGAAAAACCGUCUCUGUGCAGAAGUUCAUUCUGGACUGGGCUGAAGGAGAAGUAAAUCAGGACGUCCACCUCAUAUUUCCACUUCCUUUCAGAGAGCUGAACUUGAUGAAGGACCAGAACCUGAGUCUGAUGGAGCUCCUUCAUGUCUUUUUUAAGGAAACAAAAGAAACAGAAAUGUCCAUUUUGGAAAAUGUUCUGUUCAUUUUUGACGGAUUGGACGAGUGUCGUUUUCCUCUAGAUUUCCAGAAUACAGUGAGAGUGUGUGAUGUAACUGAAUCAGCAUCAGUGCCUGUGCUGCUGAUAAACCUGAUCAAAGGGAAUCUGCUUCCCUCUGCUCUCAUCUGGAUCACCUCCAGACCUGCAGCAGCUGAUCAAAUCCCCUCUGAGUGGUUUAAUCGAGUCACUGAGAUACGAGGGUUCAAUGACCCACAGAAGGAGGAGUACUUCGGGAAGAGGAUCAGUGAUCAGAGCCUGGCCAAUAACAUCAUCACACACCUGAAGUCAUUAAGAAGCCUCUACAUCAUGUGUCACAUCCCAGUCUUCUGCUGGAUUACAGCCACUGUUCUAGAGAGAAUUUUGGGUGAAGCAGAGAGUGGAGAGAUCCCCAAGACUCUGACUCAAAUGUACACGCACUUCCUCAUCAUUCAGACAAACAUCAUAAGAGAAAAAUUCCCAAAGAAGCAGGAGAGUGAUGAAGAAAUGCUUCUUAAACUGGGACAACUUGCUUUUCAGCAGCUGAAGAAAGGGAACCUGAUCUUCUAUGAGGAGGACCUGAUGGAGUGUGGUAUUGAUGUGACAGAAGCAGCAGUGUACUCAGGUGUGUGUACUCAGAUCUUCAGAGAGGAGUUUGGGCUUCACCACAGUAAAGUGUACUGCUUUGUUCAUCUGAGUGUUCAGGAACAUCUCGCAGCUCUGUAUGUGAACCUGACCUUCAUGAAGGAGAGGAGAAAUGUUCUAAAAGAGACUGAAGAUCUGGAGAUGACAGAAAUUAAAGCCUUAGAUGAUGUCCACAAGAGUGCAAUAGAUCAGGCUGUAAAAAGUAAAACUGGACAUCUGGACCUUUUCCUUCGCUUCCUUCUGGGUCUCUCACUGGAGUCCAAUCAGAAACUCUUACAUCACCUAGUAACACAGACAGGAAGUAACUCCCACAGAAAAGAGGAAACAGUUCAGUACGUUAAGGAGAUGAUCAGUACAAAUCUUCCGACAGAGAAAUCCAUCAAUCUGUUCCACUGUUUGAAUGAACUGGGUGAUGACUCUCUAGUGGAGGAAAUCCAACACUACCUGAAAUCUGGAAGACAAAGUAAACUGUCUCCUUCACAGUGGUCUGCUCUGGUGUUUGUCUUACUGACCUCAGGACAGGAGCAAGAGGAAUUUGACCUGAGUAAAUAUACCACCACAGACAGCAUAUCAGAAGACGUGCUUGUGAAGGUCAUGCCUGUGGUUGCAGCAUCCAGAAAAGCAUUUAUCAGGUGUAAUUCAAUCAAAGAAAAAGGCUGGACGGCUCUGAUCUCAGAGCUCAGCUCAGAAACCUCUGACCUGAACAAGCUGCAUCUGACAGUGAAUACAGUGGAUCUGUCUGGGAAUAAUCUAGGAGACUCAGGAGUGAAGCAUCUCUCUGCAGGACUGGAGAAUCCUCACUGUAAAGUGGAGACACUGAAGUUGGACUCUUGUCAUGUCUCGGAUGACGGCUGUACCGCUCUGGCUUCAGCUCUCAAAUCAGACCUCUCACACAUAAGGAACCUGCAUCUGUCUAAGAAUAGUCUAGAAGACUCUGGAGUGAAGUGUCUCUCUGAUGGACUGAAGAAUCCUAACUGUAAACUGAAGACUCUGAGGUUGGGGUGUUGUGGUGUCUCAGACGAAGGCUGCGCUGAACUGGUUUCGGCUCUAACGUCAAACCCGUCACACCUGAAGGAACUGCAUCUGACUGGGAAUAUUUUAGGAGACUCAGGAGUGAAGUGUUUCUGUGCUGCACUGGAAAAUCCUGACUGUAAUCUGGAGACACUGAGGUUGGAUCGUUGUGAAAUCACAGAUGAAGGCUGUGCUGCUCUGGCUUCAGUGCUAAUAUCAAACUCCUCACACCUGAGAGAGCUGGAUCUGUCUGAGAAUAAACUCAAAGACUCAGGAGUGAAGCAUCUCUCUUCUGCAUUAGCGAACCCAAACUGUAAACUGGAGAAACUGAGGUUGAACUCUUGUGAUAUGUCAGAUGAAGGCUGUGCUGCUCUGGUUUCAGCUGUGAGAUCAAACCCCUCACACCUGAAAGAAUUGGAGCUGUAUGGAAAUAGCCUAGGAGCCUCAGGAAGGAAUCUGCUGUCUGCUCUUCAGGACGAUGUGGAUGAUGAUGAUGAGGGACGUUACAAACUACUGGAACUGAUUUGCUGAUGAACAUCUGUGCGUGAUGACUCCUGUGUUCCUGAAUUUCCAUGCUGGAGAAUAGAGAACAUGUUUGAACGCACACCAGUCAUUUAGGUCACAUGAAGUAGACUCUGAGGGAUGAAGCAGUAAAUCAGUGACUGCACACACACUGAUCCAGACAUUAGACUGAACACAGAAGAUCUGGAAUGGAGACUCUUUGUUAAUCAAAACACCUCAGUGUGUGUGUGUGUGUGUGUGUGUGUGUGUGUGUGUGUGUGUGUGUGUGUGUGUGU